AUGACCAAUCGGGACGGUUCACGACCCAGUGCGCUGCCAGACGACGCUCAGUAUAGUCAAACGCCUCUCUCAAGCGUGCAAUAUCACGAACAACUCACAGCGGCGGCGGCGCCGGGUAAGAAAUUACUUGCAUCAUCGACAAUGGAGACUCAAAACACUAUUCAUGAGCUUACGAAAGCGAAAAUUCAUGAAGAAUUGGGAAAAAUCUCAGUGCAUGGAUGGAUGCAUAAACAAGGAAGUCGAAAGUUUAAAGGUCCCGUGGCGAAAAGUUGGCGUAAACGCUAUUUUGCAUUAGAAGGCGCGAAAAUCUACUAUUUCCAUAGUGAUGUCGACUGUCGAAAGUAUUUUAAUUCACGUAAUGGGGAACUUGUGGUUGGUGCCAUUGAUCUACGUGAUGCUUUUAAACUUGAACAAAGUGAACGUCUUGAUUUACCAGCUCGUGGCAUUGUCAUCCAUACACGUCAUCGUGCGUGGCUUGUAUGUCCUGAAACGGAUCAAGAUUUUACAAUGUGGUUUGAUGCACUUGAAUUUACUGUCAUGUCAGCGGGUUCUGGAAAUGUUGUGAAACGUGAAUUACCAAAUGUUCGAGUGUAUGAAAUGAAAGGCCGUUCGAGUUAUCGAUUUUGGUAUCUCAUAUUUAUCAUUACGGCUUUAGUUGAAUUGGCUGGGAUUGUUCUAUGGUUUCCAUUGGGUAUUGAACCAUGCGAUGUGAAAUAUCGUACGGACACAUGUGAAGAGAUUCAAUUAUUGUACGCAGACUCGCUACAAUGUGGUGAUAAACCAUUUAAUGGUAUGUGGGAUCCACCUCAAUGGUACCAUUGGUCAGCUGGAAUUGAAACAGUCCAGUGUUUUAAGGAACCUCAUGUGGCUGAUUGGGUCUCGUAUUUCCUAUUCUAUCUCUCGGAAUUUAUCAGUAUUACUCUUGGAAUUCUCUAUUACCUCGGAAUGUGGAAACCAGUUCGUCGUGGUGCUCGAUAUCUACGAGAUUUUGAACCUCAUUUUCCACCUGAAAAGUGGCCAACAGUCGAUAUUCUAUUAUGUCACUAUGCAGAACCUGCUGAAGAUACGAUUGCGACAUUAGAACGAAUUAUGAAUCUUGAUUAUCCUCCACAUUUAUUUCAUGUAUGGAUUUGUGAUGAUGGGUAUUGUAAAGCAAGUUGGGAAUCGGGUGCUCAAGUACCUAAAGUAAGUGUAAAUCACGGGGUUAUUGAAGAUGCUGGUGAUGUUCGUCAUGAAGUGGCACAAUUUAUGUAUGAUCGGGUUUGUGAAUCGUAUGAACUUGAAGUGGAUGAAUGGCGUAAAGAGCAUACGACAGUAAAAAUGCCAACGAUUAUAAAUCCACGACUUGUUAAUCGUCUUGAUUGUGCUGUUGGAUCAGUACGAGAUGAUUAUCAUUAUCAUGGGUUUCCGAAACUUACAUUUGUUGGUCGAAUCAAACCACGAGUACAUCACUCAAAAGCUGGAAACAUCAAUAAUGUUUUAUACAAUGAAGGAGCAUGUGGACGAUAUGCAAUUAUUCUUGAUAAUGAUAUGAAACCCCAUGAGAUGUUUAUUCAAGCGACAUUACCAUUUUUCUUUGAUGCACCACAAAGUACCAAAAUCAUGCGUUGUUGUGCCCCUGGAUGUGGUGAUAGUGGAAAAAUCUGUUGUGCUUUAUGCCAAGCAGCAGGUGUACCCGAAGUACAAAUUAUGUUUUGUUCCAAAGAUUGUUACAAUGCCUCGGGUCACGUCAAAUCGAGUGUUCAUCGUCGACAGACACAAAAUACCAUGUCAGAACGUAUGAUGUGUGCAAGUUGUGGUAGUAAGAUCAAUCAUAAAAAAGGGUUAUGUCGUAAGUGUAAUCGUGCCGUUAGUCGACGAGAAACGAAUCAAUUUGUUGGUGUCUCGGCAGAUGAUUACUCGGACCAUGUCUCAGUGAAUCAAGUGGGAUAUGUUCAAACUCCUCAAUACUUUGAAGAUUGUCUUCAAUUGCGUCUUGGUGAUCCAUGUGGUCAUCGUAAUUCCACUUUCUUUGACUCAGCACAAACUGGAAUGGAUGGGUACGAUUGUGCUUCAUUUGCUGGUACCAAUGCGAUAUUUCGACGAGAAGCACUUGAUUCAGUGUCUGGUAUUCAAUAUGGAUCCUUAACGGAAGAUGCAUACACUGGUAAAAUGAUGGUAGAUAAAGGAUGGAAAGGAUAUUACUUUCGGAAAGAUUUAGAAGGUGAAGAAGCAGAUCGGAUUCGACUUGCAGAAGGAGCUGUCCCAGAAUCAGUUGCUGCUGCUCUUGCGCAACGUAAACGUUGGGCAAAAGGUAAUUUUCAGAUCUUUCUACGCAAUAAAAAGAGUCUUGUCGAUCCAGAAUGGCAACCUCCUCAAGUUGAGUUACCACCAAAACGCAAGAUUAACAAAUUCAUGCGUUGGGUCUUUUUCAUGAAUCUUACCGUCUACCCAAUUGGUUCCUUUCCUGCCAUUUUCUUCUUUUACAUCACUGGAUACUUUUUGUAUACGGGUCAAGCUCCAAUUUAUACUUCCGGGCUACGUCUUUUGAUGGCAUUGGUACCUAAGAUUGUUGCACAAAGUAUCUUGUCAGCUUUGUCAAAUCGAACUGUUGAUAAUGAUGAUGUGUUACGUAGUCAACAAACUUGGUUUUCGUAUGCUUUUGUGCAUGUAAUGGCAGUGUUUGAAACAAUUUAUUGGAAAAUUACGGGCAAAGAGGCAUCCUGGGCUAACACUGGUGCAUUGGGUGGUAAUAGUAUCAUGGAAUUACCAAAUUUACUUGUGUUUCUUAUCAUGGUAUUUGGAAUGGUGUGGGAUACCGUACGCUACUUUGCAGGUUACAAUAACGCAGCUACGACUCACGGAACACCUUUAUACUUUGCCUCGUUAUUUCUUGGUGGAUUUCUUGCUAGUCAACUUGGUCCAAUGGUUCGUAUGAGUUUACAAACGUACUUUGGUUGGAGUCACAAGAGUUUGACGGAUCAAGGCAACAUUGUUGGUAACUUUUGGCUUGCUUUUGUGCUCAUUAUACUUUGCAUUUGGGUUUAUGUGGAGACACCAAACCACUCGAUCUUUGGGUAA